AUGACUUAUGCAAGAAUACCCGGGAGAGACAUUCUCAUCAUUGGGUUCCGUCGGGGUUCGAUCGCACUGUAUGAAAUCCGUAAAGGUGAGGGGGGUACGGAUGUUGCUAUCUUGCUACGGAUCAUUGAGAAAGCACACGGUGCGGAAGCAGUCACUUGUCUUACAUGGUGUCCCUCAUCUGGAGUCUCCGUAGGCUCCGUACACGGCCACCUGUUCUCCGUAGGAAGAGAUGGGCGUCUCAGCGUACACCAGUUCGAUGCAUCUGCAAACGUUGUCGAGCUGGUGCAUGAUCUUGCGGUACCAUUCGGACCAAACAUUGAAGGUUUAUACUUCCAGGACGGCCAUCUCCUCAUACACGGCUUCUCAAGCAAGAAAUGGUAUCUAUACGAUGUCACUAGCGAAGAGCAAGUCAUGAGCAUCGAAACCGGAGGAGCGCAUAGAAGUUGGGCCUUCCGGUCACACUCGUCGCUAGGAGGUAUCCUAGUAUGGACUCGAGCCUCUAGUAUGCAUAUAUGCAGUCAAAACAGACCGAAUCAUGCUGUCGUUCGACGAGGGGGUCAUGGACGCGAGAUCAAGGCGCUCGCAGUUACAUCGGAGAUGAACGGUAGAUCUCACCCGCUCAUCGCCACAGGCGCCGAGGAUACCGAUAUCAAGAUUUUCCGCCAUGUUGAUGAUGAUCUGAUAUGCCAAAGGACUAUUCGCAAGCACACCACGGGGAUUCAGCAUCUACAAUGGUCGCAAGACGGUGACUAUCUGUUCAGCAGUGGUGGCUGUGAAGAAUGUAAGGUUUGGGUACAACGCUGCAAAGCUGCUGCUGACUUCCUUCACAGUCUAUGUAUGGCGGAUCCGGGACUUACCCGCCUCCGCUCUUGA